AUGUGCAGGGGCAACAUACACACAGUGAGGCCCCGUACCUGCUGCGAGUGGUGGUUGCUGUCAUGCAGCUACAUCCCGUGUGUGAUUGCCAUGGCUCUAAUCAUGGCCAACACUUUUCCAUACCACCUUGUCUUUCUCCCUGUGCUCCGCAUUGCGUGCGAGAUCGGCAACGCGCACUUCGUUUACUACUACUACUGUCUGGUGGUGAUGAUACUUGCUGAGGCCUUGGUGUACAGCAACCUCUUUCUAGUCAUCUUCACCUGCCCAGGCUUCGUGCCGCACGAGCCGUGGGUGGAGGCGCCGGUGUACCAGGGCCGGUCUGUCAGUGACAACCCGUAUGAGGUGUUUGAACUUGAUCGGCUUGGUAAGCUGCGCUACUGCAGCUUCUGCAAGCAGUUCAAGCCGGAUCAGGCGCACCACUGCCACACAUGCCGCUGCUGUGUCUACCGUAUGGAUCACCACUGCCCCUGGAUUAAUAACUGCGUCGGACGUGGAAACAGCAAAUUCUUCCUCCUCUUCCUCGGCUACAUCCCUCUCGGGGCCUUUCACAUUGUGGCCACGACGCUCUUCAGCUGCGUCUUCCACUUUCCAAACUUCUUCUCUAGAGAAAUGCCGGACAACUCCUUGACGAGCAUCGUCCUCCUCUUCUCAAUGCUCUUCUCCUCCAUCAUGGGCUUCUGCUUCCUGGUCUUUGCGGCACACUUCUUGUUCAUGGCGUACCGCGGCCAGACCUCGGUGUCGCGCAUGAUUGCCUCGAAAAAGCACCCGGAUACGCUAGAGGAAGUCCGCAAGCGUCAGGCAGAGGAUCGCACGUUCUACAUGUUUGACCUCUUUGGCAGCGAUCAGCGGUGGUACAGGAUGAUGCUCCCCUUCAAACCUGACCACGAUCUCCGCCGCGCGCCACACGGCUACCUGCGCCGCUUCGGCGGCGCCACAGAGGUCGCCUACCUGAGCCUUGUAUAG